AGAAACACUCCUCAACUCCCCAUUUGUUGUUCAAUGGUCUCGCCUCAACAAAGACGGCUCCCUCGGUCUCUCACAAUAAAAUGAUACUAAAUAACAUGAAGUAAAGUUGCCAAAAACAACAACAACGAAUCAAAAACCACACUUUUAAUUCUCAACUCCAUUCUUCUCUUUCCAACACAACACAAAGAAUUGUCACCCCUUUUUUUUUUGCCACAAAACAUCAUUCUCAACUGCUGACGACGCUCUUCUUCUUUCAAUUCUCUCUCCUCACUCAUUGCAAACUCAAAUUCCAUUUCAAUGGUGAAGAGAGAGGAGAGAGAGAGGAGAAUGUGGUUCGAUGGAAUCAUCGAUGCUAUGCCCCUCUUCACAAAGGAGCUUCUUGCUGGCGGAGUUGCAGGCGGUGUUGCUAAAAGUGCUGUUGCGCCCCUUGAACGCAUCAAGAUUCUUUUUCAGACAAGACAAGCAGAAUUCAAAAGUAUUGGCUUAUUAGGAUCAUUUACUAAGAUAGCUAGAUCGGAGGGAAUACUUGGUUUCUACAGAGGGAAUGGGGCAAGUGUCGCAAGAAUUGUUCCUUAUGCGGCUCUGCAUUACAUGGCUUAUGAGGAGUACAGGCGAUGGAUUCUUCUUGGUUACCCUGAUUUCUCGAAAGGCCCUGUGCUUGAUCUUGUGGCUGGUUCAUUUGCUGGUGGAACAGCUGUCCUGUUUACUUAUCCUCUUGAUCUAGUACGGACAAAGUUAGCUUAUCAGGUUGUUGGAUCUUCCAAAUCAAAUGUGAAAGGCGUUAUUCACCCCGAACAGUUGUAUAGAGGAAUUCGUGACUGCUUUUCCAUGACAUAUAAUGAAGCCGGUUUGAAAGGUCUUUACCGGGGAGUAGCCCCAUCACUUUAUGGAAUAUUUCCAUAUGCGGGCUUGAAAUUUUACUUCUACGAGGAGAUGAAGAGUCAUGUACCCGAGGAACACAAGAAAGAUAUCACAGUGAAACUGAUAUGUGGUUCGGUAGCUGGAUUAUUGGGUCAAACCUUCACGUAUCCUCUUGACGUUGUAAGGCGGCAAAUGCAGGUUGAGCGGAUGUCUAAUGCUAGUACCACAAAAGGGACAUUACACACUCUUCUCGCUAUAGCUCGAGAGCAAGGGUGGAAGCAUUUAUUCUCAGGACUAAGUCUGAACUAUUUGAAGGUUGUACCCUCGGUCGCUAUUGGCUUCACUGUGUAUGAUUCAAUGAAAUUGUUUCUGCAAGUCCCCUCACGAGAUGAAGCUGUUCUUGAGGUGGCUUCCAAUCACACGAAUAACCAAUCGUCGUCCCUACAUUCUUAAAAGCAUUCAUUCUUUUUUCAUAAUUAGAUACACUGAUUGAGUAUAGCAUGGAAUAAGUUGUAUUGGAUGUACAGUAUAUAUUAGUAUGACCAUUGUCUGAGAUCAGUCGUAAUCAGAUACUAGCCAAUAACCAUUAUGUUGUAUUGGGUAGCCACUAAGCACUAUGUAGCUUUUCUUUUACUUAUAAAUAAUGUAAUUACUGGCUAUUGCUUAUUGUACC